ACGCAACUGUCAAAAUACAAAACAAGCAGCAAGUUGGUGACCGUUUUUUUCCGCGGCUGGAAUUUUUACGUGUGAAAAUAUAGUGAAAAAGUGACUAAAUUCAACAGCUUGGAUCGAUAUCCGCCUGCGCAAACUGUGAUACUUUGUGACGAAACCGAAAAAAAGUGAAGUUAAUUGGUGGACAACGAUGGAUUUCGACUGGGACAACAUCAGCAUCGGGGAACCCGCCCUGAACACCUCCAACAGCUAUUUCUUCCGCGACAACAUCAAGAUGGAAAAGGAGGAGGAACCGAACCGGGAUGAUUGUGCCGGUUCGUCCUCGGGUUCUUCGGGGAAAAGUGCCGGCCAACGGCAACUGGACGAUAAGGCACUGCUCGAGGAGUACCAGCGGCAUCAGGCCAAGACGAGACAGGUGGAGACCUGUGACCGUGCCUACCGGUAUGCACAGGUGUACGAAAACAAGCGGAAAGCACUGCGCGAGAAGGAGGAGAAGCAGCUGCAGGAGAUGAAGAAGUUCCAGGCACGGCCGGCACCAAAUUUCAAAUCCGGCGCCAAGAAGGAGAACGCCGUGCCAAAGUUUACCAUUCCGGUGACGCCGAAGCAGAUGAAACCGGAGCGGAUCCAGAAGCAGGCGAUGCAGGUCAAGAAGUUGGAGGACCGCACCAAGGAUCCGGAGCCCACGAAAGAGUUCAAGGCGCACGACGCCAAAGUGCUCAAAGAGGAACCCUUCAAACCGGCACUGGUCAAGACGGUGAUCAAGCAGGCCCCAUUCGAGUUGAGAAUGUCCUCGCGGUUGCAGGAGCGGAAGUUGCUCGACGAACAGCGGCAUCGGGCCAAGGAGGAGAAGGCACGCCGCGAAGCGGAAGAACGACGACUGGCCGAAGAACGGGAACUGAAAUUGCUGCGCAAACAGAAGGAGUUCAAAGCCAACCCCAAUCCGUUCAAGUAGGUAGAGCAUUUUUCUGUGGGUGUUUUCACAAGUCUUUGUAUUCUCUUUUUUUAUGUUUUACCUAUUUGUAAUCAUAUACUUAUAGUCAUUAAUCUCCGUGAGACUUUACUCCGCCAUCGAAUACAAUACAUUGCACUAACUUUUUAUAAGAAUUUUAUGUAUGUACAUUCGACCUAGGUAGAAUUAAACAUAUUUUACUAACUUUG